UGUUCCAGCUCUGUACGAUGGUUGGAGAUAUAGGCAAAAAGCCUUCCUUUUUCAAGGUUUUGAUUGGUGACUUCUCUACCCAGUUGCAAAUUCCGCCAGCAUUUGUCAAGUAUGUCAACAGUGUUGUACCUCAAAACUUCCAACUUUGUAAUCCUGACGGGAUUUGUUUUCCUGUUGUUGUGGAAAGGGUUGAGGGAAAUUUAUACUUUAAGAAUGGUUGGAGGAAAUUUGUGCAAGAUAAUUCUCUGGAAUUGGGAGACUUUCUAGUUUUUCUAUAUGUGGGGAAUUCAAGAUUUGAUGUUGAAUUAUAUGGAAGAGAUUGCUGUCAGAAGGAGAUCUCCAUGAGUACUAGGAGACAUCCCAAACCUCUUUCCUGCAAUGAAACUAGAAACAUAGACAAAGCUGCUAGUGGAAGUCGACCCAGAGAGAAGAGAUAUGGUGAAUCAAUGUUGACAUAUGAAAGGAAGAGACAUGAAAAUGCAACGCAGGAACAUGCUAGUAACUUGGAUUCAAGCCCUGUUGUCAAAUUCAGCAACUCCAAAAAGAGAAUUGUUGAUCUGGACUCUCCACUUGCUGAAGGAGAUACGCAAGCUGAAGCAAAGAUAACUAACGUAGUUUCUAUUGAUUCUGACGGUUCUGGUGAUGAUCUGAAUGGAACACCUAACUCCAAGAAUCAAGAACCUUUAUGUCAGAUAGCUCCGGUAGUGACUUCUAAUGUUCUUGGACAAGCUAGCCCUGCAUUCAAAUCAGAGUAUCCAAGGUUCCAAGUUGUCAUGAGAAGUGCAUAUGUGCGAAAUGGGUAUUUGCAUAUUCCGUUAGGCUUCAAACAUCAUUCUUGGGUGCGUGACAAAGAAAGUAUUAUGCUUCGGGUUUCAAAUAAAUUAUGGCCUAUCAAGGUGAGUGUUUACUACGGCGGGUGGAUUAGGUUCCUUACUGGUUGGCGUAGAUUUGUGACUGAGAAUUCUUUGCAAAUUGGGGAUACUUGUGACUUCGAAUUGAUUCCUGGUAAAAAUGCAGUGCUAAAUGUUUCCAUUUCGAGGCGCAGAAGUUAGAUGGCUUUAUGAAUUAGCAUGUUAAUAGAGAGAAACGAAAUUUGGUUGGAUGCCCUUUUGUACAGAAACACAACUCAUGGUGAAAUGAGUAAUUAUUUACAAAUAUUGAUCAAAAGGAGAUAGGGAAGACUAGGAUUGUAAUAUUCUUUAUUUCUUAGUGGUGAAUUGAUUUCUUUGUUCUUUCGCUCUUCUCAGAUGAAAUUGAA